AUGGCAUCACCACCAGCCCUCAACACACCGCUAACCAAGCUGCUGGGUAUCAAAUACCCAGUUAUGUUGGCGGGAAUGGCUCGAACAUCGGGCGGCCCUCUCGCCGCUGCAGUGUCCAAUGCAGGAGGUAUUGGAACGAUAGGUGGCCUGGGCUAUACUCCCAAGCAACUCCAAGAGAUCAUCGAUGAGCUCAAAGAAAACCUCACAGACAAAUCCCUCCCCUUCGGCGUCGACCUAGCCCUCCCACAAGUUGGCGGCAGCGCUCGUAAGACAAACCACGACUACACGCACGGCCAGCUAGACGAGCUGAUCGAAGUCACGAUCCGCAACGGGGCCAAGAUCUUCGUGUCGGCCGUGGGCGUCCCUCCGGCGCGCACGAUCAAACGCCUGCACGAAGCCGGCAUCCUCGUGAUGAACAUGGUCGGCGCCCCCAAACACGCCGAGAAAGCCCUGCAAGCAGGCGUCGACAUCGUCUGCGCCCAGGGUACCGAAGGCGGUGGCCACACGGGUGACAUCGCGAACAGCAUCCUGAUCCCUGCGGUCGUGGACGUGGCGAAGAAAUACAAGUCCCCGUUGACGGGCGAACCUGCUCUCGUCGUCGCCGCCGGCGGCAUCUACGACGGACGCAGCCUGGCCAGCUCGCUGAUGCAGGGCGCAGUGGGCGUAUGGGUGGGCACGCGGUUCGUGGCGGCUGACGAGUCCGGUGCCAGCAGACUGCACAAAGAAGCGGUCGUCAGCGCCGACUUCCUCGACACGCAGCGCACGCUCGUCGUGUCGGGCCGCCCCCUCCGCAUGAAGCUCAACGACUACGUGCGCAACUGGGAGGCGCAGCCAGAGCGCAUCAAGGAGCUCACUGACAAGGGUAUCGUGCCCAUGAUGUAUGAUAUUGAGCAGGAGAAUGAGAUUGAUAUGCCGUUCCUGAUGGGUCAGGUCGCCGCCAUCAUCACGGACAUCAAACCCGCCAAGGAUAUUUUGGAGGAUAUGGUCCGGCUGGCCGUUGAGCAGUUGCGCCUCGGCGCUACGUAUAUCGAGGGUGCGAGGAGUAGUAAGCUAUAA